GAGCUGAGCAACCCGAACCGAGAGGUGCCCGCGAAACUGCAGGCGGCGGCAGCUGCAGCAAAAGCGAAGGAAAAAUCUCCACCUGGAUACGGAGCUCCAGAAUCCUGGCCAUAGGCUCAGAACUUUUACAGGUCGCGCUGCAAUGGGCCCCCACUUCGCUCCUAAGUCCUCACGCAGCACAGGGCUUUGCCUUUCCCGGCGGAGGAAGGGGAAAUAGGAGCUGCAGGCAGCAGCAGGUGUAUAAAGGCGGGGGAUCUCUUGCUUCCUAGAACCGUGACCAGUGGAAUUUCUUUCCCCUUUUCAGUUUAACGCAAGAGAGAUGCUGUCUCCAGACUUCUGAACUCAAAUGUCUCCUGCAGCUUGAAAGUGGAGGCAUUCAGAGCCACCGCGGGCAGGCAGGCAGUGCAUCCAGAAGCGUUUCUAUUCUGAGCGCCAGUUCAGCUUUCAAAAAGAGUGCUGCCCAGAAAGAGCCUUCCACCCUCCUGUCUGGCUUAAGCAGGACCCUGAGCCCCAGGCGCCAGCCACGGGACUCUGCUGCAGAGUGGGGUUGUGUACAGAUAGUAGGGCUUUACCGCCUAGCUUCGAAAUGGAUAACGUCCUCCCGGUGGACUCAGACCUCUCCCCAAACAUCUCCACCAACACCUCGGAACCCAAUCAGUUCGUGCAACCAGCCUGGCAAAUUGUCCUUUGGGCGGCUGCCUACACGGUCAUUGUGGUGACUUCUGUGGUGGGCAACGUGGUAGUGAUGUGGAUCAUCUUAGCCCACAAAAGAAUGAGGACAGUGACCAACUAUUUUCUGGUGAACCUGGCCUUCGCGGAGGCCUCCAUGGCUGCAUUCAAUACAGUGGUGAACUUCACCUAUGCUGUCCACAACGAAUGGUACUACGGCCUGUUCUACUGCAAGUUCCACAACUUCUUCCCCAUCGCUGCUGUCUUCGCCAGUAUCUACUCCAUGACGGCUGUGGCGUUUGAUAGGUACAUGGCCAUCAUCCAUCCCCUCCAGCCCCGGCUGUCAGCCACAGCCACCAAAGUGGUCAUCUGUGUCAUCUGGGUCCUGGCUCUCCUGCUGGCCUUCCCCCAGGGCUACUACUCAACCACAGAGACCAUGCCCAGCAGAGUCGUGUGCAUGAUCGAAUGGCCAGAGCAUCCGAACAAGAUUUAUGAGAAAGUGUACCACAUCUGUGUGACUGUGCUGAUCUACUUCCUCCCCCUGCUGGUGAUUGGCUAUGCAUACACCGUAGUGGGAAUCACACUAUGGGCCAGUGAGAUCCCCGGGGACUCCUCUGACCGCUACCAUGAGCAAGUCUCUGCCAAGCGCAAGGUGGUCAAAAUGAUGAUCGUCGUGGUGUGCACCUUCGCCAUCUGCUGGCUGCCCUUCCACAUCUUCUUCCUCCUGCCCUACAUCAACCCGGAUCUCUACCUGAAGAAGUUUAUCCAGCAGGUGUACCUGGCCAUCAUGUGGCUGGCCAUGAGCUCCACUAUGUACAACCCCAUCAUCUACUGCUGCCUCAAUGACAGGUUCCGUCUGGGCUUCAAGCAUGCCUUCCGGUGCUGCCCCUUCAUCAGCGCCGGCGACUAUGAGGGGCUGGAAAUGAAAUCCACCCGGUAUCUCCAGACCCAGGGCAGUGUGUACAAAGUCAGCCGCCUGGAGACCACCAUCUCCACAGUGGUGGGGGCCCACGAGGAGGAGCCAGAGGACGGCCCCAAGGCCACACCCUCGUCCCUGGACCUGACCUCCAACUGCUCUUCACGAAGUGACUCCAAGACCAUGACAGAGAGCUUCAGCUUCUCCUCCAAUGUGCUCUCCUAGGCCACAGGGCCUUUGGCAGAUGCAGCCCCCACUGCCUUUGACCUGCCUCCCUUCAUGCAUGGAAAUUCCCUUCAUCUGGAACCAUCAGAAACACCCUCACACUGGGGCUUGCAAAAAGGGUCAGUAUGGCUUAGGGAAAACGUUCCAUCCUCAAGUCAAAAAAUCUCAAUACUUCCCUAUCUUUGCCACCCUCAUGCUGUGUGACUCAAACCAAAUCACUGAACUUUGCUGAGCCUGUAAAAUAAAAGAUAGGACCAGCUUUUCCCAAAAGCCCAUUCAUUCCAUGAUUCUGGAAGUGACUUUGGCUGCAUGCGACUGCUCAUUUCAGGAUGAAUUCUGCAGCA